AUGAAUGUGACAUCGGUUGUAAGAGACCAGUGGCUGAAUGAAAUUCAAUUUGGAAAUAUUGGAGCAGCUUUGUUCAUUAUAACGUAUAUCGGAUGUUAUGGAUUAGGAAUAAUAUGUUUUUUCGGACAGCAACUGAACGAAAUCCAACGGCAACGAUCUGAACUACCAGCGACGUUCUUAAAAACACUCUGGGAUGUGCCGAGUAAAAAUAAACUCUACGAAGAAUUAUCGGAUAUAGAUCGUUUGAAACGGAUAUUUUACUGUUAUUUCAAUGACCAUGAAUCAUUUACGACGAUAAACAAUAACGAACUUCAAUCACUGGCUGAAGAACGUGCUUAUGCCUGUGCAGUAAAAUACCGGCAAAAGAUUCGACGUUUACAUUUGUCUCAUACUGAUUAUUACUCGGAUACGAUUCCACGUUUAUCCGUUAGUGAAAAUGAAUUUCAAGAGCAGAUUUUCAGAUCAUUAACAUUAUUGGGACGAAUGAAAACGAAGCAAAAUGAAGACCAGGAAUAUCAAUGUUUAUCAGUAUCUGUUGUAUAG